ACAGUACGCAGCUACGGAAGCCUAGCCUUGGAGUUUUUCGUUUACAGCUAACUUCCUAAAAAAAAUGGCCAGCUGGGGAAGGGUAGCCGCCGGGGUGAGGAAUAUUUCGAGGAGUCCUCAGUCUCUGAAAACGUUAUCACUGCGACGUGCUGUCAGACCUGGUAUUUUAGGGUCUGUUAUCGGAACUGGGGUUAUCUGUUAUUACCAAUAUCAUGCCAACAACAGGACUCUGCCCUUCGCGGUUCAUGCCGAGGUACCAAAAGAAGCUUCACCGCCCCAACCGUCUGCUAGGAAGAUUCGUUUCAUCCAGUUCGCCUCCGUAGUCUACGAAGAAGAGCCCUACAUGACCCCGCGAGACUUCCUGUUCUCUGUGAUGCUGGAGAAUGUUGACAGAAAGCUGCAGAAGAGAAGUUUAACAACAAAAGAAGUUAACCAAAUGUUGGGGGCUGCCACUAAAGCUCGGGCUGGUAGUGAGCUGUUCAGAUCCAUAGGAGACAACGGUUUGAUAUCCUACACAGAGUAUCUGUUCCUGCUGACUAUCCUGACCAAGCCGAGUACAGGAUUUCAUAUAGCUUUCAAAAUGCUGGAUGUAGACGGGAAUGAGCAGGUGGACCAAAAGGAAUUUCUCAAGCUGAAGAAAAUCAUUGGAGGUCAAAAGAGAGCACAGGAAAGCACAGAGAAACCAGCGGAAGAAGGAGAGAGUGUGAACACAACUCUGCAGGCCUACUUCUUUGGGAAGAAAGGAGAAAACAAGCUGCACUAUCAGGAGUUCUGCAGGUUCAUGCAGGACCUGCAGGCUGAAGUCCAGGAGAUGGAGUUCCUGCAGUUCUCCAAAGGAAUGGACACCAUGCGUAGAGAAGACUUUGCAGAGUGGUUGCUCCACUACACCAACGAAGAAAACAACGACAUCUACUGGGAAAACAUGAGGAAGAGGAUCCCUGCCGGCCAGAGUAUCACGUUCGAUGAGUUCAAGGCCUUCUGUCUCUUCACCAACAACCUGGAGGAUUUCGCCUUUUCACUGAAAAUGCUCACUGGAGCCAACCGUCCUGUUGGAAUGGCCCACUUCAAACGAGCUGUGAGGAUCGCCACGGGCAACGAUCUGUCUGAGAACGUGCUGGACACUGUGUUUAAACUGUUCGACAUGGACGGGGACGACUGCCUGAGCCAUAAGGAGUUCCUGGGUGUGAUGAAAGACCGAGUGCUGCGAGGUCUCAGGGUGCAGAAUCAGAGUGGCUUCUCUGGCUACUGGAAAUGUGUGAAGCAAGAGACCCUGAAAGGAGCGAAGGAGGCCCUGGGGGGCGCCGCGGCCCCCAUCUGACCCACCGUGAUCAUCCAGGACACAUCUGAUAGACGAUGACUCGUACCACUGCUUACCUUGGUAUUGUAUAAUCAAAAGAAGUGGUGCAAACCGAUCAGAAACGUAACCACUUGAAGAAACUAAAGGAUUUCCACCACUA